AUGGGCGUCACCAAGCAGAUUCUCAAACCCGGCAACGGUGUCGACAGCCCCAAGAAGGGUGAUGAGGUCGCCAUGCACUAUACUGGAUGGUUGUAUAACCCGAACCAGCCGGAGAACAAGGGAGACAAGUUUGAUAGCUCCCAUGACCGGGGGCAGCCCUUGCGUUCGGCCAUUGGCAUGGGACGUCUUAUCAGAGGUUGGGAUGAGGGUGUCCCUCAGAUGACUGUCGGAGAGGAGGCCCUAUUGACCAUCACCGGAGACUACGCCUAUGGAGAAAGGGGCUUCCCCGGCUUGAUCCCCCCCAACGCUACCCUCCUCUUCCAUGUCCAGCUUGUGGCUAUUAACGGCAAAACGGCCUAA